CUCAAGAUAUCGAAGUAUAAGUCGAGACUGUCCUCAAAUCACCAGGCGUGAACAGAAACCGAUUAUCCUUUAGGAAAAUCUCAUCUGGAAAUCAAGAUGUGCAGAGGACUAGCUGCAUUGCCGGCAACUUGCCUGAAAAGUGCAAAAGAUAUCAAGCAUCGCCUUGGGUUUCUGCUCCCUAAGCCUGAAGCACCAUGUGAUCAGAACUCCACUUACAAUAAAAAAGACAAAAACGGGGCAGCUCAGAGAUUGUGUUAUGAAGAAAUCAAGAAGUGGAGUGAAACUUUGGAGAAGCUAUUGUCUAACAGAUAUGGUCUGGCAGCUUUCACUGAAUUCCUGCAGUCAGAGUACAGCGAGGAGAAUAUCGAGUUCUGGCUGGCCUGUGAGGAUUACAAGAAAGUCAAGUCACCUGUCAAACUGGCCGCCAAAGCAAGGAAGAUCUACGAUGAAUACAUCGCAACUCAGUCUCCUAAAGAAGUUAACCUGGAAUCUCUGACCAUGGAAGAGACCAAAAAGAACAUCCUAAAGCCAACCCCUUCGUGCUUUAACGAAGCACAAAGCAAGAUCUACAGCUUGAUGCAGAAAGACUCUUACCCCAGAUUCCUCAAAUCAAAAAUCUACUUGGACUUAAUAAGCCAGGCCUCAAGCAAUUCACCCCGAUCACAUGCCUAGUCUACUUUGAGAACACAAAAAUAUAUUGGUUGCUGUGAAAGUCUCACUGGUCUAAUGGCUA